AUGGCAUCUUCUUCCUCUCAUCUCCAAGAAAAUGAGGAACACCAUGCUUUGCUUAUGGCAUCUUCGUCCUCACCUCCCCAGAAAUAUGCUUUCUCUGGGGCAUCAUCUUCAUCUUUCUAUGGAAUCGAACCUCCCCAUGAAAGGAGGAAGGUUUCCGAAUCUUCAAGAUUAUAUGAUGUCUUCAUCAAUCACAGAGGCCCUGAUGUCAAAGAUACUCUGGCUCUGGAGCUCUACAAAUCCCUUGAGAAUUUAGAAAUACGUGCGUUUCUUGAUUCGAAAGAGAAAGUACUUGGAGAUUCGUUUCCAUCCACCAUUGAGACAGCCAUCCAUUCUGCUGCAGUUCAUAUAGCUAUCUUUUCCAAAGGCUAUGCAGAGUCUCCGUGGUGUUUGACAGAGCUAGUUCUUAUGUUGCAGAGUAAAGCUAAGAUUAUUCCUGUUUUCUAUGGUGUUGCGCCUUCGGCACUACGCCACAUAGAAAAGGGAGUGUAUGCCAAAGCUUUCAUUGAAUAUGAAAAUAAGAAGAGUUACAUAGAAGAACUGGAGGAAUGGAAGAAAGCUCUCCAAUCUAUUUCAUUUAUUGGUGGCGAAGAGUUCACCUGUAACUGCGAGAAAAUAGUGUCAGCAGUGCAAAAGGAAGUACAAAGGAUGAGAUGUUUACAUGUUGCCAAAUAUCCAGUCGGACUUCCUAAGCUUGUACAACAUUUUGAAAAGCAGUGUAUUGACAAGCGUGUACAAGAUUUUGAAAGUCAGUGCGGGAUAUACAAACAAGGAGAAGGGAAGUGCAAGAUGGUUGGCAUUUUUGGCAUGGGUGGGGUGGGAAAAACAACUCUCGCCAAGGAAUUGUUCAACCGAAAGCGCUCAGAUUACAGUCGCUCCUGUUUUCUAUUUGAUGUUCGGGAAGCAUCUGAACAAUUAGAUGCCCUCGUGAUCAGUGAUGAGCUGAAUAAAUUUGGCAAUAGUUUGGUAAUUGUUACAACUCGUGAUGUAAAAGUGCUCAUAAACGCUGAAAUAACGGUUGGUUAUAAUUUGAAAGGAAUGGAUAGAGAUGACGCGAAAGAGCUGUUUUGUUGGCAUGCUUUUAGCCGAUCUUAUCCAUCUGGUGGAUACGAAGAGCUGGUCGACCUCUUCUUAGACGUCUGUGGCGGCUUACCGUUGUCAAUUCAAGUUCUGGGCAGGCAUGUUCAUGGUGAAGAUCAGAAUUUUUGGGAGUUAGAACUGAAGAAAGUGAAGAAGAUGCUGCCUCAAGACAUACAGAAGAGAUUAAGAAUAAGCAUAGACACGUUGGACAAUGAGGAAAAACAAAUUUUCAUGGAUGUUGCAUGCUUUUUCAUAGGAGAAUCCAAGAAAGACGCCAUCAGAGUGUGGGAGGGAUCGGGAUGGAGCGCUCAACAUACACUGCGAAGACUCAAAGAUAAAUGCCUAGUUGCAGAAAUGGAAGAUCAUAAUUUCAUCGGGCAUUUUGGGCAUCCGUUGGAAUACUCCAGAGAAGAAAAGUUUUUUUUUGAGAAUGCAUGA